AUGACAUCCAACUUUUUAACUAACUACUCUCGCAAGUCUUUUUCAAUGAUGAGGAGCUCAUCUCCAAUGAUGCAAAGACAUUUCAGCAUAGGUGACCCAAAAAGAAGCCCAAAAGCGAGGGAUUCAAGACAUAUCAGAAAAGUUAUCAUGAGGAAAAUGGAAUACAAUAAAGAAUCAGUCCUAAAAAUAAUUGAUACUCACAUAUCCCAACAAACAGAAGAUUGACAUAGAAAAAUCCAAUCCACCUAUAAAAGACCAGGACUGUAUAAUAGAAAGAAAAUCAUAGUAAAAAAUUUGGAUAAAAUAAGUGUAAAAACCAAAGACAUUCUUGAUGUGUCUAUUGACGAAUUUGAUAAAAAGGUUAAAUACACACUGUCACCAAGUCCUAUGAAAUCAUAUUCAGAAAAAAUAUUUGAACUGAACCCUGAAGGAAGUUUUAAGGUGGAUACUAUUUCUCAGAGCUUUACGAAUGAUGGCGAAAAACAUAUAACGGCUUCUAAUAGGCUUAGACAUGUUCAUAGCAACCGACGCACAAUUCUUGAUAAAAUUUCUAAGCCAGUAAUAUAA